AUGAUAGGUUUCCUCGAGAUAUGUGUUUUUCUGUUUGUCGUCUUGCACAUCUUGAGAAUUUAUUUUGCCGAUUUCGAUGCAGUACUACAUUUCUACGAGAGAUUUGCAAAGCCACCGGAUAAAAGACUACGAGGUAAAGUGAUUUGGAUUACUGGUGCAUCGAGCGGAAUCGGCGAACAUUUAGCGUACAAGCUAACUGAAUUUGGCUGCAAACUGGUGCUAUCAGCGAGGAGAAAAGACGAAUUAGACAGAGUGAAAAAUCAUUGCAUGAAUAAGUUUUGCUCUAAGUUAUUUUAGUUUUUAAAACUUCAUUCUACACGAGGUGAGGGAAAGCAGUCGCGUGGGGGGACGGGAGCUUAAGAAUUUUUUUUACUUCCAUUAAUUUCUCAAAACAAUUUCAGAAAAUUUUCAAACCAAAAGAAGGCGACUCACUUACAUGUCAUUGAAUAAGUUUAUUGUGUUAUGCCUCGAUCUUCAAAACCUCCCGACACAUGUAAAUGAGGUGGACCAAAGUGGCAGGGUAUUCUGCAGUUGCUCCAAAAAUGAUUGAAGUUCAGUUAUAUAUUAUAACUAUAAAUAAUAGUCUUUGUUUUCUUGUUACAUAGGCUUGGCAGGAAAGCUUUUUCCAUUAAUAUUUGAGGAAGACUUUCUUGUUGUGCCAUUGGAUAUUACAAAUUUCGCUUCUCACGAAGACUGCGUUACCAAAGCUCUUCAACAGUUUGGCAAGGUCAUGAUCUCUGCUUUGAUGUGUUCUGCUGUAAAUUUCAAUGAUAUUCGAACCAAAGCGUACAUGUACUAUGUUUUCUUAAUGACAGAUUGAUUUUCUAGUGAAUAAUGCAGGAAUGUAUUUGAACACAAAUGUACUAGGGAACAUGGCCACAACCACCCCGGUGAAUUUGGUAUCCUUGCUUCCACCCAGAUCCAGUCUCGCGUGAAACAGGUGCAGUUAAUAUAUUUUUUUAAACUUUUUUUGAAGUUCGUUCAAAUAAAAAACCCAUACCUACCUACCGUCCUUUUCUGAGGGCUCUUCUCUGAAUAAUAUCAAUCAAGCUUAACGCAUACCUAUACUAAUAGAAUUAGAAACACACGGAGUUAAAAAUAAGUGCUUAACGGCUUAUCUCUGAAAAUUUGUUUUCCUUUUUUUCAAUAAGGUUCAAGAGUUGGGAUUGGAGCCAGCCUACCGCGCAGACAGUCGUACCUACAAGUAAAUUAGAAAACUCAUGGCGCUGCCCUUCCUGCCGGAAGCCGAGAUUACGCCGAUGUUUCAGCGGCUCAGAGACCGCGCCACUACCACUGCUCUGGAAGCACUUGCCUUGUACGUGGAGGAGAACUGGAUUACCAGCACAAUGUGGCCUCAAUCCUGUUGGUCUGUCUUCAUGCUGCCGAUCUGCACCAACAACGACAUAGAGGCGUGGCACCACGGUCUUAACAGUAGAGCCAACAACAGAGUCCACUUGCCAUUCUACCUGCUGGUGGAGCCACCGCGCCCUGGUUGCGUCUUUAGGACGUUUCCAGGUCGCUAAAAAUGGCUCUUUUAGGAGCCGCCACAUCUGCAAAAGUCAUGAUCAACAUAUGAGCUGCUCUUCUAGAUUUAAUAUUCAAUAAAGUUUGUUGUUAUUUUGCCGCGGGGAAACUGGGUAAUAUAAUUCGACCGAAUAUUGAAUAAGUUCCCUUGACAACAUCACAGACGUCGAAAUUUGCAUACAGAUAAGUAAACAAACUCGUGAGUCGAUUCGUUCGAACUUAUAACAUCACAGACGUCGAAAUUUUCAUACAAAUAAGCAAACAAACUCAGGAAUCGAUUGGUUCGAACUGUUAACUCUCCUUGGGAAACAACUGUAGUUGCCUUAGGAAAGCUUCAGUCCAUCGACGCUUACAAUUUUUCGCACCGACUUGACAAUUCCUCGCAUCUAGUUUUAAUACAACUGCUAUCGAGUUUCAUUUCAUCACUUAUUUCUUCUCAUGAAGUUUCAUUUUCUCUCAAGUAAGUUUUUAUUCCUCGCAUCGAGUUUUGCAAUUUCUCAUCGCUUACGUGCAAAAGACAAACACGAUACGUUUCGAUGUCAAUGAGUUAGGAACGGAACACAUCUAAUACGUCGCUGAAGGUCAUAAUUUAAAUACAGACAAGCGCACAAACGUAUCGGUCGAUUUGAAUUGUGCUCGUUCGAACAUCGUACUCUCCUCGACUACUUUAUUCUAGUUUAUCUCUUUAUUGGUGGUUGGUGGCGAGUACGUUAGUGGCGAGAUCUUUCCUUGGUGGCGAGUUCGCUGGUGGCGAGUCUCCCUGGUGGCGAGGUAACCGGUAACCUUCAGCAUGUGUGGCUGCUCUUUUCUUAUGAAAAGUCCCCUCUCUCCCUUCCCUCCCUUCAGAAUGAUAUAUUAAAUCCUUCAUUACGUUUAUGUUGUAAUGCAGAAUUUUCAGCAUGAUGUAUAUUUUACUUCCCCCCACCCCCCCCUCUCCUCUGGUUACCGGUUACCUCGCACCGGUAUCCAGUCACCUCGCCACCAAGCAGACUCGCCACCAGCGAACUCGCCACCAAGGAACGAUCUCGCCACCAACCACCAAUAGAGAUUUGUCGAGGACAGUAGGAUGUUCGGCUGAUAAGUCUGUACUCAAACUUUAUAAACGUAUGUUGUCGAAAGCACGUUCGAAACCGAUAAGUUUGUUCGCUUGUCUGUACUCAAACUUUAUAAACGUAUGUUGUCGAAAGCACGUUCGAAACCGAUAAGUUUAGUUUUAAUACAACUGCUAUCGAGUUUCAUUUCAUCACUAAUUUCUUCCCAUGAAGUUUCAUUUUCUCUCAAGUAAGUUUUUAUUCCUCGCAUCGAGUUUUGUAAUUUCUCCUCGCUUACGUGCAAAAGACAAACACGAUACGUUUCGAUGUCAAUGAGUUAGGAACGGAACACAUCUAACACGUCGCUGAAGGUCAUAAUUUAAAUACAGACAAGCGCACAAACGUAUCGGCCGAUUUGAAUUGUGCUCGUUCGAACAUCCUACUCUCCUCGACUACUUUAUUCUAGUUUAUCUCUUUAUUGGUGGUUGGUGGCGAGAAGACUUCGCUUGGUGGCGAGUACGUUGGUGGCGAGAUCGUUCCUUGGUGGCGAGUUCGCUGGUGGCGAGUCUGCUUGGUGGCGAGGUGACCGGUAACCAUGCUGAACAUUUUUCAUUAAAGCAUUAAUGCAUGCUUUACCUUUUCUCAGCCCUCAUAUGAUACCACCUUGAGCACAGAUACACAUUUUGAGUCUAGCAUGGGUGGAGUUCAUGGAAAAUUUAUACAUAUUUUUCUUUUUGUGCCUAGAUCAUCAACCAGGGUGUAAACCCUCUAACUCUCACCUUAAAAUUUGUAAUUCGUCUCACUGUCAACCAUUUGAUUCUUAUAAUGUUAGUUCAGAGAAUUUAGUAUUGGAUCAACUAAUUAUCCCCAAAUUGAUAUUUUCUUCAUUCUCAUCACUUAUCUGGUUGAUAUUGUAUUGAUAUUGUAAGGAGAAAUUCUGUCUUGGUCACCUAUGAGAGUUAAAGGAUUAAAUUUUAACAUAAAAGCUGAAAGAUUUAAGGAUUCAAGAAGAUUAAAGAUUUGCACUCCCAAGGGAAACAGAACAUUUUGUAGUCCUAUGAGAAUAUCUCUGCAUGCAAAAAUUUUUUUAUUGAAGAACAGAGAACACGUAACACAUGCAAGUUUGUCUGACACAUGUGGCUAAGAUCACUUUUUACUUUUGGGCUUUGAGGACCCUUUUGACUCAGUUUGUGUUUUAUGUAGUUGACAGUUGUUUUAAGCCAUCCCAUUUUACAGGAAAAUAAUUCCCUGAACCUGUCAGUUGUUGAGUAGAGAAAUCAUGAAUAUCUAAUGAACUUCAUCUUCCCUGUAUGCACUACAUGUAUAAGUUGCAGGCCAAGCCUUUCACCCUUUUAAGUAUAAGAUACAUGCCAUUUCUAGCAUGUUAUAUUAUUUGCACAAGGUACUAUCAUGGUAACACAUUUUUCUUUUUGUAUUUGAUGAACGCCUCAAGACAAGCAUGAUAUUAAUUAGCUGGUAUUCAUUUUGCAGCAGCAGGACCUAAUACAGCUGUGUAUGCAGCUUCCAAACAUGCUCUUCAGGUGAUUGACUAGAACUGACAUAUUGCACUGUUUCUGUUACUGAUUAUAUGAUAUGUAUUACCAAAUACACUAAAGCAUUACAGGCAGGUAUUGUGUCCACUUUUCAUGACUUCUUAAAGAAAUAUUUUAAAAUAUGUCUGGAUAUAUUCUGAUCAAGUUUGGCUACUCAUAGACUUGGGCUGAUGUGAACAAGUUCUUAAUGAAACUCAAAGCACUCUGAGUUUGAAUCCUUCCUAUCUUCCAUUCAGGACAAAAAAUAAAUAAAUAAAUAAAAAAAAAAGGUUGGAAGGUCAACCAUGUAGUAAGAAUUACACUUGGGACAAACUAACAAGUUUUUCGAGGACUUCUGGAAAGUGAACAAAGGUUAACCCUUUAACUCCCAGAAGUGAUUAACAUGAAACUUCUCCCUAUGUUUUCCAAACAUUAUUCAGCAAACAGGUAAAGAGAAUAUUUGAACUUAUCAGGUAGAAGCUGCUAUCUUGAUCUAGCACCAAGUUCUCAUAACUAAUUUAGAAGGAAAUGUGUAGCAGCUAGAGGGGAGAAUUAACAAUCAGAUCUUGGAAGUUAAAGGGUACUAGACAACCAAUGGUGAGCUAACAUUAUAAGCUCGCCAUCAUUUAUUUGACUGGCCAUGUUUAAUCUCCUAAUUUUUGACCAUCGACCUCCCCCCUGGUACAAAUUUCUUUCUCUCCCCAGCCUUCCACUGCCAUUAAAAUCAAAGAUGGGGACUAUAAUUUUUGUUAGAAAAUUUCUGAGCACUAAUGCUUGCCAAAAUCACACCUGCUCUACAGGCUAAAUUUUUGUGAGUUAAUGAUUUCGGGCUUUUUUUUUUUACUUUAGGGGGCAAACUUUUAUAGGUUGUAGGGGUAAACUUCCUACAGGAAAAAAUCUCCAGUUACUCUUUUAAAGAUAAUAAAAUUAGAACAAAAUUACUGUCCAGUAUGUAAUGAAUAUACUUGUAUCAUUUACAGGGUUAUUUCAAUACUUUGCACAUAGAAGUCCAUGAAAAGAAUGUUGGUGUCACAAUGAUAUGCCCUGGCCUAGUGUAUUCAAACAUUUUAAAAAAUGCAUAUCGAGAGAAUAUUGAGGUAUGUUAAUGAAAUCUACCUUUCAUAAUAUUAUUUGUCAUAUAAAAUAAAAGCAUGGUCGAACCAAAUCAAGGGGAAAUGUUGGUUUGCCCUCACCAUGUUUUAAUACGCACAUUCAAAAUCUCCUUCAUGGCUGACUCAUUCCUCCCCCCCCUCCCUUGGUUAGGAUCAGGUGCCUCUCAACCAAUCAGAUGCAAAACUUAAAUCAAUCCCAACUUGGUAACUUGCACUUUCCCACACUUCAAGGAGAUUGCUUGAUGUGUUACUCUGAGUUCUCAUUGGGUAAUGGUGAUGUUAACCCAUUAAGCCCCAAUAGUGACUAGCAUCUAAUUUCUCCCAACAAUAUCACUACCUGAUCAAAUGUAUAGAUCAUGAGAAUAAAUGAAAUGAUCACCAAAGAUGAAUUGUCUUGAUGUUUGAACAAAUUCUCUCAAUCAGUAAAAUAAGAAACAUACAGAGAACAGUGACAAGAAUAUACAUGUUGAUAUGGGAUCUUAAUUAAAGGGUUAACCUGUGUUCUGAUUGGUUGUUUUGAUUCAUUUGGUUUUGGUUUUGAGAUACUCAGUUGAAAAACUCUAGCAAAAGAUGAUUAAGCUAAGACAUCAAAUCUUCUAAGUUUUCUUUAUUCCACAGGACAUCUCAGGACAUCUCUCUUUUGCACAAUUGUAUGACUUUAAAAAAAAACUUUUUGUUCACUUUACAGACUCGCAGGGAUCAAGUCUUUCCUGUGACAACCAUCAAAACAGAACGAUGCGUGCAUCUUAUUAUUAUUGCCAUGGCAAAUGUUUUGAAUGAAGUGUGGAUUGCUAUUCCAAAACGAAUGAUAGAAUUGUAUCUUUCACAGUAUCUACCACUUGUCAGGAACUGGUAA